AUGGACGACGAAAAAGAUGAAUUCGGCGUAGAUGUUUCUUACAUGCUGGCCUGGAGAGCUAGAGAAAAAGCUAUGAAUGAUUUGAGGGGGGAUCCUGCUGCUUCAUACAAUAAAUUGUCGGCAUAUGUCUAUAUCCUAGAUAAAACAUAUCCUGGAUCACAUGUUAAAAUGCAUAAAUCAUGUGAAAAUGAGUUCCUGUAUUUAUUUGUUGCACUCAAAGCAUUCAUAAAUGGAUUUGAGUGUUGUAGACCAAUAGUGGUAGUGGAUGGUGCACACCUUAAAAGCACGUAUAAUGGUACAUUUGUAUCCGCAAGUACUUUGGAUGGUGCGGGUAAUAUUCUACCACUGGCAUAUGGUUUGAUAGAUUCAGAAAAUGAUAAGUCCUGGACUUGGUUCUUUGAGCAGUUCAAGAUAGCUUAUGGUAUUAGGGAUAACAUGUGUGUCGUGUCCGACAGACACGAAAGCAUAAUCAAAGCGGUGUAUCGGGUGUAUCCUAUUGUUCUUCAUUUGUCCUGCAUAUGGCAUUUGUGGAAAAAUGUGACUAAGAAAUACAAGUCGAAUGAUGAAGUAUUGAGUCUUGUGUUUUAUUCACUUGCCAAAGCAUACACACAGUAUGAGUUCGAUAAACUGAUGGAAAAGAUUGAGAAUGUUGAUAUAUGGGUAAAGGAAUAUUUGGAUGAUGCUGGAAGGGAGAAAUGGUCUCGGCUAUAUUCACCUGUUAACAGAGGGUAUACUUCUCUGUGUUUUUCUGUUGAAGCAUCAACUGAAUAUGUUUAUACGGUUAAUGAUGGACCGCGGCGUUUCAUAAUUGAUUUGAAGAGGAAAACUUGUAGUUGUCGGAUGUUCCAAAUUGACGAAAUACCAUGUUCACAUGCCUGGGCUGUCUUAAAGAGUAAAAAUCUAACGGCUAAUGCAUAUUGCUCAGAAUUAUUCAAGCCAAAUACAGUGGUGAAUACGUAUGAUGUGCCGAUUGAUCCACUUCCCGACGAGAGUGAGUGGAAUGUUCCAACACACAUAUUGGAGGAGGUUGUUCUUCCACCGAGAUACAAGCGACCUCCUGGUAGGCCAAAAAAGAAGAGGGAUAAGCCAUUAAUGGAGCUGAUGAUUGGUAAACGUAGGAAUGUUUGUAGUAUAUGUGGACGUCUUGGUCAUAAAAGGCGUUCGUGUGGUAAUGAGCCACUUAAGAAGAAGAAAUAA